UGACGUCACGAGAAGACCCUGUGAUACGCUGGUGGAAGUAGAGAGAAUCAAACCAUCAGCUACACCAGCGAGCUAAGAUUAUUAACAUUUAAAGACGAUUAUCAGUAAAUCAGCCUUUUAAGGGACAAGACAAGGCGCUUCAGGUCGCGCUGCUGGCAGCUUCUUUCCCCACAAAGACACAAAGAUGACGGCGGCGGUGUUUUUCGGCUGCACCUUCAUUGCCUUCGGCCCAGCCAUCGCUCUGUUCCUGUUUACCAUCGCCCGGGAGCCGCUAAGGGUCAUUUUUCUCAUAGCAGGAGCGUUUUUCUGGCUGGUGUCUCUGCUGCUGGCCUCGCUGAUCUGGUUCAUCUCGGUUCAGAUCAGUAACAAGGACAGCGUGACGCAGCAGAAAGGUCUCCUCAUCUUCGGCGUGGUGCUGUCGGUCCUGCUGCAGGAAACCUUCCGCUUCGCUUACUACAAGCUGCUGAAGAAAGCGAAUGAAGGCCUCCUCACUCUCAGUCAGGAGGAAACCAUGCCGAUCUCCAUACGGCAGCUGGCCUACGUGUCUGGCCUCGGCUUCGGCUUCAUGAGUGGAGCGUUCUCAGUGGUGAACAUCCUGGCGGACUCUGUGGGACCGGGGACCGUGGGGAUCCAUGGAGACUCUCAGCACUACUUCCUAUCUUCAGCCUUCAUGACCUUGGCCAUCAUCCUGCUUCACAUGUUCUGGGGUGUCGUCUUCUUUGACGCCUGCGAGAAGAAGCGCUGGUGGGCGGUGGGCGCUGUCGUCAUCAGUCACCUCGUCGUUUCCUGUCUGACCUUCCAGAACCCAGAGUACAUUGCCAGCCUGGUUCCCACCUACGUCAUCUUGUUCGUGAUGGGCAUCUGGGCGUUUUACUCCGCUGGCGGCUCACUCAGGAACCUCAAACUCUGCCUCACCUGUAAAGACAAGGACUUCCUGCUCGCCAACCACCGACCCAGAUAACGCAGCACGCCGGGCAGUGUGCAGGACUCUCUACCCAAAGAUGACCGAGUUCACACACACACACACACACACAGAGCGAAGAAGCAGUGUUAACCUUCUGUUAAUCUGCUGUUUCACUUAAGAGGUAUUUCAUCAUCUUGAAUCUAAAAACAUAAAGGUAAAAGCCGUGUAAGUUCCUCCAAUGAAAGGAACAAAAAGAUGAUUUUGAAUCAUGUCCAGCUCCGAAGCAGAAGUUUGUUUGUAUGAUGAGGUUCUAUUCAAAAAAUACAAAAUCUCUGAUAUCCGGCUGAUAGUGUCCCGUUUGUUGCUCUGAACGAAACGACAAACCUACAAAAAGUAAUUGAAGUUGGCAAAACUCUUUACAUUCUGUACAUAUUGCGAUGUUUUCAACCAUCUUCUUUUCAAAUGUGUAAAAUCUGUCAAAGGGUGGAUUUAUCAUUUAUGAGCAAAACUCUUUGUGUAAAUAUUGAUGCAUUUUUAAUUCCCUGAUGUGUAGAUAGCAACAAGUUUGAACCUUUUUUCAAGAUGUGAUAUCUUUAGUCUGUGUAAGAACUUGCCUUUGAUUUGAAAUGAACACAGAUUUGAAGAAGCUGAGAGGGGACAUGACUGGCAUUUAUUAGUUUGUUUAAUCCCAGUUACCUUGAGCUCAUGACGUAGUUUCUCCUGCAGGACAUAUACAUUAAGCAAUCCUGACUUCCUUUAGUUUUUUUUUGAUUAAGACAUAAAUAUUAAUGCGCUGAAUCAAAGAUAAAGGUUACUAGUUUAAAGGCUACAAACAUUUAAUUUCAAUGAAUUUAAUUUGCAUGGUUGUGUUCAUUACUAUUUCUCUCCUGUUAUCCCAAAUUGCUCUAACAUAUCACAAGUUCUGUCCCACAGUAAUUACAGAAUCUUAAGUGACGCACACAGCAGCUGUCAGUUACCGGAUUUCAGAUCUUAUGCAAGAAUAUUUCUUCUAUCUUGUUGUGGAGGAAAAAUGUUUAAUAUGGCCAAGUCCUUAUCUGAAGGUAACUGGAGUCAAAUAAAGUCUCUCAGCUUCCGUAUAGAUUAGCAGACGGUUCAUGUACUUUAUUUCUCACUUUUCUGUGUACACAAACCUACACUUAUAAAUUGAUAAAUACGACCAACAGGUGGAAGUUUGGGCUCAGUGAUCUUUGAAUGUUCAAUUCCUUUGUUUUGUUUUUCUAAUGUUUGUGAGCAAGUGCAGGAGUUGAUGUGAGUGAAAUUCCAAAUGAAUAAUGGUUUCCUCAUGCACCUGAUUUUAUUUUGUUGAUCUGCUGG